AUGCAUCUAGACAGCGUGACACAAUUGCCUUAUGACUUAGUUGAUAGAGUUGCCCAGGAUUCAUUGGAGGCAGACUCUGUAUCGCUGCAAGAUGACUGUAUUAUCGACUCCGUCAUCAAGACAGACUCGUCAUGCCUGCCAGCUAAGGUAACGACUCUUACAAAUAGUCUUGAUGAAGCUCAAGGCGCACCGGAGCCUGCAGGACCAUUAAACAAAGACACUGAGAAAGCAGCUGGAUUAGAGGCAGUCAGUGGAAAAGAACUUCAGUCAGCUCCAAAAGCAAUCAUUCAUUUGAGUGAAUCUGUUAUAAACAUGAUUGCAGCUGGUGAAGUGAUCCAGCGACCAGCAAAUGCUAUCAAAGAGUUGGUUGAGAAUUCUCUGGACGCGGAGAGCACUAUUAUUCAGGUAAUUUGCCAUUAUAUUUUUCUCGCUUAUGAGGACAACGGUUCCUCACCUUUAAGACUGAUUUCCUAG